CUGUCUCCGAAGCAGCAUCAUCAACGGCAGAGGGCCCGCUGUAAGGGAGGAGGAAGCAGUCAAAAGGAGGAGGAGGGAAGUGUUGCACUUUACAUGUACAAAUACCGUAACAGGGGGAACGUCAAUAAGCAUUGGCAAGCGCAAUCAGCGCUUUACAAGCACAGUACUGUACUGAGCCUACCCGCUGAUAACAUACGAGAGGAGGCAGCGGGUUGGGAAUGGUGCUCCAGUCUCCGCGCACAUAGCGAAAUUCUAGAGCCGUUCACUUGAAAAAGAGACGGCGGCUGAGUUCGCAGCUGGAUUUACUUUCUGUGGAAAUUGUUUACAUAUUUUUGAAGGCAAAAGUUUUGACUAGGACCCGUACUUCAGUCUGAAGCCCAACGCAAUAUAAAUGGUGGAAGCGAUUGUGGAGUUUGACUACAAAGCUCAGCAUGAUGACGAGCUGACAAUUAGUAUAGGUGAUAUUAUCAAAAACAUUAGAAAGGAUGAUGGUGGAUGGUGGGAAGGAGAGAUCAAUGGCAAGAGAGGUGUUUUUCCAGAUAACUUUGUUAAGGAAAUUAAAAAGGAUGUUAAGAAAGAGGUCCAAGGACACAAGCUAGCAGAGAAGCCAAAGCAGGAACUUUCCAAUGGGAGCCCCUUGAUCAUCACAGGAGACUUUAAUCUUCGCAAUCCCAAAAAAGGUGAUAAAAUUAGAAAAAGAAGAUGUAAAGUGGCUUUCAGCUACACCCCUCAAAAUGAAGAUGAACUCGAGCUGAAGAUUGGGGAUAUCAUAGAAGUUCUAGCUGAGGUGGAAGAGGGCUGGUGGGAAGGCUGUCUCAAUGGGAAAACAGGAAUGUUUCCUUCCAACUUUAUUAAAGAGAUUGCUCAUGAAUCAGAAGAUGCAUCUUCUACUCAGGAGGAAAAGAUUACAAAAACAACUACUAAAGACAGCACAGGGUCAGAAAGUGAUGGUGGUGAUUCUGGCAGCACAAAAUCAGAUGGGGGAAGUGUUUCUUCUAAUGCAGAAAUCCAACCUAAGAAGAUCAAAGGAAUUGGUUUUGGGGAUAUUUUUAAAGAUAAGCCGAUUAAACUGAGACCGAGGUCUAUGGAUGUCGACACUGAGCUCAUCUCUCCUGAGAAACAAUCAGCAGCAAAGAAAUUGUCCUCAGUCCCUGCAGCACAUGAUGGUGUGAAAACAGAAGCAGAUAACAGAACGAAGGGAAAAGAAUAUUGCAAGGUGUUAUUUCCAUAUGAAGCACAAAAUGAAGAUGAACUGACAAUCAAGGAAGGGGAUAUUAUUACUAUUUUGUGGAAGGAUUGUACAGAUGCUGGCUGGUGGCAGGGAGAGUUGAAUGGAAAACGAGGGCUAUUUCCUGACAAUUUUGUUAAGAUAUUAUCCCAAGACACUGAAAAAGAGAGACCUAGGAAGCCACCGCCUCCUGCUGCUCCAGUUGGUAAACAAAUUGCAGACAAAAAGCCAGAAGUUAGAAAGAUGCCUCCAGAAAGGCCAGAAUAUCUUCCAAGCAAGGAAGAAGAGAAAGAAGACAAGCAUGAAAAGGAUCUCAAACAUGUAGAUACACAGAAGACUGUUUUACCUGUUGUGCCUCCAAAAAAACCGCUGCCCCCCAAAACCAACUCCCUUAACAGGCCUGCAUCAUUCCCCCCAAAACGGCCCGAGAGACCGACUGCACCUGCUUCUUGUAUACGGUCUGAGAGCCCAAAGUCCGAUGUAGGAAGUGUGACAUCAGGAAGCACAACUGAAAAGGACGCAUCUGAAAAACCGAAUGACUUUGAUGUUGAAGAUUUUGACUCGGUAGUUCCUGUGUCUGAGAAACUUAACCAUCCAACUGCCUCCAGGCCUAGAAUUACUGAUAGAAGGCCUCGGUCACAACUCUUCACAUCAUCCUCACUUUCUAGUCCUGAUUUAGUGGAUUCAUCCACUCCUGAAGAAGAAAAACAUGAGAAUGGCAAAGGGAAAGAAGAGUAUGAUUUUCAAGCAGCUAAAAUAUCAGAUACAACAAAAAAAGUUGUCAAGCCUGUUCCAUUGUUGCCAGUAUCUGAAAACAAAGCUGUAUUACCCCCAAAACCAGGAAUACCAUCUCUAUCUUGCACUGGGACUGGUGGACAGACGCCAUUGUCUUCUACAGUUCAUCACGGAGUGAUGGGUACAGGACAGAGACCGAGUUCACCCUCUCAUUUUAAAGAAGACGUGAAGCCAAAGAAUGAUCAAGCCAGCAAUAGCCAGAAUGCCUUGGAAGAACUGAGAUUGCAGGUUAAGGAAUUGAAGACAGUUAUAGAUCAUAUGAAGGUCCAACACAAGAAGGAGAUUAAACAAUUAAUGAAUGAACUGGAUGAAGAGAAGAAAAUACGAUUAUCUUUACAAAUGGAAGUGGAACAUAUAAAGAAAGUACUCCAUUCAAAAUAAGCACCAGAUCUUUGGAAGGAAGAUCAAGUCACAACUCAAGACUUUAUAUUUUAUUUUCCCACAGCCAAAAUAGUUUUGCACCAAAAAAACAUACAUAUAUAUAUAUAUAU